GUAUAUGAUCCAAAGACCUCGUUGGACACUCACCUCCCUACGCCCAAACCUAAACUUAUCGCCAUCAAUCACAUCGCCGACUGGCCGACCCUGCCCCCCUCCCCCCGUUCUCUCCCGACGAAACGUGUUGGCACCAAGCACCCUAGAACUCAAAGCAAACCACCUACAAGCAACCUCGCCUGAAGCAGCUCCAAUCAACAAAGCUAGUAUUGUGUUCGCUUACGCAUAUAUAGUAAAUGGACGGAUAAUAUUUACGGCAGGUGGACUAUGA